CAACCAGGAGAAACAAACCAGAGAGGCUCACUUCCGACAGACACCAGUUUCAGAUCGGACCUAUCUGCAACCUGAGAGAGGCUUUUUUGUUUUUACGCACGAAGUUUGACUUUUACGCACGUGUUUAAUCUGUCUUUUACGCAAGAAAUCACCUCUUUUAACGCAUCGAUUCUGGACUUUACGCAGCUUCUUGGAGACUCAACAUACAGCCUAUCCUCCUGUGGAAGGAGAAACUGCUGCUGCUGGUGUAGCUCUGCUGUUUUAACUGUGUGAGAGGAAACAGAUUCAACCGAGACAUCCAUCCAUCUACAGCUCAAACUGGAGCGACUCUUUUGACACAAUUAUUAUUAUUUUAUUAUUUUAUUUAAAAGGGACCAUGUACAGUUUAAAUGUCACCAUUUGAUGCACCGUACCAGAUUAUAGCUUUAAGCUAAUUCACAUCUGUAGUCCACUUGGCAGGUCAAAAAACAAAGAAACAUACUACAGUCAUACAAGAAAGAACACACAAAACGCAGCUACACACAAUAGCACAUCACAAAGUAUGCUUGUCAAGUAAAAGCAAGUCAUGCAGACCAUGGAAUAAAGAUCAGUGAGUACAGAGCUGAGCAGCUUUCAACAGAAGUUGGUUUUGAAAAUAAUCUAAAAUUCUCAAAGCUCAGUAGAUUAUAUUUCUCCAGUAUUGCACAGUGAUGAAAAUGCAGUUGUUUUUUAUCUAGAGUUUUUAGAGUUUGUUUGUAUAAGGACUCAAUCACUACACCGAGAUGCAUUUGGCCACAAAAUUAAACCCAAAGACUGCUCCAAAAACCACUCACUCAGUGAUUCCAUUAUCGGACUAAAGCCAUGCCGGAGCUGCUCGGAGUUGUGCGUAAAGACGCAGCCGCGCACCGGACAGGAAGUUAACUAAUAAUCAUUAUUAAACCUCAUCCCUCAUUUCCAUAUCCAGCCUGAGUUGUAGCUGGACCUGCAGCCAAUCGAACCGCAGAAGGGCAGCAAGUAAAGAGUCGUAAAAAGCAUUUAUCCUCCUUCCUCCAUCACAAUCACCAUCACACUGUGACAUGCGCAAUCUGCACACCGUGGAUCUGCACAUCGACACCAGCAGCUCCUCCACGCUCAUUUCACCGACCCGGCUGCCUCCGAAAGGUCCCAGUCGCUGCUCGUAGAUGAGGAGUCUGUGGAGGAGGAGGAAGACAGCAGCAGCAGCAGAGAAGAGUCAACAUGUCCCGUCGCAAGCAAACCAAACCACAGCAGCUCAGGACGGAGGAAGACGCGCCUCGGAGAGGAGGACUCCUCGGCUCCUCCACCGAUGAUGGCGUCGUGGAGGGCAUGGAGAGAGAGGAGACCGGUGGCUGCCACAGCAGUGAGGAGACGCACAUCUGUGACAGAUGUUGUGCUGAGUUCUUCACUUGGACUGAACUGAGGGAACAUCAGAAAGUGUGUGCUGAGGAUAACUUGGUGCUGAUAGUGAAGGAAAACGACGGGAUGCCGGCUCCUGAGGAGUCUCCUGUCGGACCCUCUCCGGUUCCCAGCGUGGCGUCCAGUGACUCGUCUGCGGCUGAGUCCACAGACGCUGGCUUUGAGCUGGGGGAGACGCUGGUGAACGACAACGACAGUCUGGAUAACUUAGAGGAAGGCUUGGAGCACGAUGAAGCCAUGGAGCUCGAGCGUCGCCCACAGGACAAAUACGCCACAGCCUCCAGCCCUCGGCCUCCGGUCUCAGCCGAGUCUACUUCCCCCCAGGUGCCAGCUGCUGGCGGCUACGGCGUGCCGAGUACAAACGUGACGCUGGAGAUCCUCCAUAGCACCAGGGUGGCCGUCGCUCAGUUCUCCCAGGGGCUCGGCGGCAGUGGCGCUGGAGGGAAGGCAGCUUCAGCGGCCAUCCCGGUGAUCCUGGAGCACCUGCUGGCUCUGCAGCAGCAACAGGUUCACCAGCUGCAGCUCAUCGAGCAGAUCUGCAGCCAGGUAGCCAUCAUGAACAGACAGCCAACGCAGGCGGCGCUAAACCCCUUCUCCAGAUCUCUGUCUCUGGCACCUUACCCUUCUCAAGUCCCUCCUCCCAUCCUGCCUCUGUCAGGAACGAUGCCCUCCACCAUCAACGGACAGGCUGCUGUUUCUUUGUCCUCUGCUCUUGAGAGGUCACUCAGCCUCCCCUCACAAACUGUGUCCACCUUUAGAGAUGUAACAUGUACCUCAGCUUCCUCAGAAACCCCAUCUUUCUCCAGCUGCAGCAGCGGCAGCGCCAUCUCCACGUUACUGCCUCCUUACAGCAGCAGCAUUAGCUGCUCUCAGACGCCCAGCUCCUCCAGCCCGCUCCCCAUGGGCCAGAGCGGCCUCCUCGGCUCAUCCUCCAGCCUGCCAUUUCUACCUCAGAGCCCCCCCAGCAGCGUCAUUUUCCCCAAUCCCUUGGCCAGCAUCGCCGCCACAGCUAAUGCACUUGACCCCCUCGCGGCCCUGAUGAAGCACAGGAAAGGGAAGCUGCCUAGCGUGCCCCUGUUCGAAACGAAGCCCGGCCCGGAGGAGCCCUUCUUCAAGCAUAAGUGCAGGUUCUGUGCCAAAGUGUUUGGCAGCGACAGCGCUCUGCAGAUCCACCUGCGCUCCCAUACGGGGGAGCGGCCCUUCAAAUGCAACAUCUGCGGCAAUCGCUUCUCCACGAAGGGGAACUUAAAGGUGCACUUCCAGAGGCAUAAAGAGAAGUAUCCUCAUGUUCAGAUGAACCCCUACCCGGUGCCAGAAUAUCUAGACAAUGUGCCAACGAGUUCUGGGAUUCCCUACGGAAUGUCCUUCCCUCCAGAAAAACCCAUCUCCUCGUGGCUGGACAGCAAACCUGUUGUCGCAGCUCUGCCAGCCACUCUAGGUCUUCCGCUUUCCUCCACUAUUACCAGUAUCGGAGGCUCAAGUGACCCUGUAAGUGUAACAGCAUCCGUUAAAUCUCCCCACCAGCCGGCUCCUGGUGAAUGUGUAUCUUUGUCACCUAACCACAGAGGCAGUGAGGCUCAUUUCUCUCCUGUUUCAGAGUCUCCACAACCGAACCGUGAGACAGAAGCGUCCAAUAUACUGAAAACAGAAGGGGUGCACCUGCCCCAGAACUGCUCCCUGAGACUGAGAGCCAACCCAGUAACAGAAGCAACAAGCACUAUGAUCCCUUCUGUAGCCACCACACCCGAACCCGCCGCCUCGGCGUCCCCCGUCUCCAACUCUCCGCCCCUCUCCUUCAGCUCAGACGACACUAAAUUCCCAACCGUUGGCUUCCUGGACUCUAUGCAAACAUCGGAAACCUCAAAGCUCCAGCAGCUGGUGGAGAACAUUGACAAAAAGAUCACAGACCCCAACCAGUGCGUCCUGUGUCACCGCGUCCUCAGCUGCCAGAGCGCGCUGAAGAUGCAUUACCGCAUCCACACCGGGGAGAGGCCCUUUAAGUGCAAAGUGUGCGGCAGGGCGUUCACCACCAAAGGCAACCUGAAGACUCACGUCGGCGUCCACCGGGAGAACCCUCCCGUUCAGGUGCAACACUCGUGUCCCAUUUGCCAGAAGAAGUUCACCAACGCCGUUGUCCUGCAGCAGCACAUCCGCAUGCACAUGGUCGGGCAGAUUCCCGACUCCACCCUGGUGGACGGGCUUCAGGAGAUGGACAGCGAUGUCUCCUUCAGCGAGAGGAACUUUGACAGCCUCAGCAGCAAUGACAAUGACCUCAUUGAUGAUAUUUCAAUGGAGGAUGAUAAUGAGGAAGAGGAAGAGGAGGUAGAAAACAUGGAGGAAGUUGCAAAUCUUUCUAAACCCCUGAUGUUUGAAUGUAAUUCUCCUCCUAAGUCCACCAUUGUUUCCAGUAUAGCAGCACUGGAGAACCAAAUGAGGAUGAUUGACUCUACUAUAAACCUAAACCACUGUUUUGGUCUGAAACCCCUAACAAACGGUUUUAAUCACAGCAGCCAGCUCAACGUUAAAUACUCUUUAUCAGAGAAAAGGGUGGAAAACUGCAGCCCAAAUGUGUCCGAAUCCUCCCGUUCACCUUGUGUAUCAGUGUCUCCGAUUCAAAGCAACUCAGAGGGCGUGACGAUCAAAUCACCGGCAGUGAACGACACCAGGCCAGAAUCCCGAGAACCUUUGGCAGCCUCAGUGAAGAGAGAGCAAUCUGAGUCUCCUACCUCUGCAUCAGAGCUGAGAGGAAUACAGGCUGGCAAGCUGUGUGUGAAAGAGGAGACGCCUUAUAGUAUGUCAUUCCAGCUGAGCAGAGAAAGAGGUCACAGCAUCCCCAGCCUGGUGACCAGCACGUCAUCGGGCCUGAUAAAGACCGAGGUCAACGGUCACAGUCACCCGUCCGAGAGGCAGCACCCACCGUUCAGCGUCCACAUCCCCCCGGCUUACGUGUCCAUCGGUAGCCCGGGGAUGACCUCUCUGCUCGGCCCCGUCGCUCCCCGUCGAACGCCGAAGCAGCACAACUGUAACGUCUGCGGGAAGAACUUCUCGUCGGCUAGCGCCCUGCAGAUUCACGAGCGCACGCACACCGGAGAGAAACCGUUCGUCUGCUCCAUCUGCGGCAGAGCUUUCACCACGAAAGGCAAUCUGAAGGUUCAUAUGGGAACUCACAUGUGGAACAACGCACCAGCCAGGAGAGGCCGGCGUUUGUCGGUGGAGAACCCCAUGGCCCUGCUGAGCGGAGAGGCCACCAAGUUCGGGGAGAUGUUCCAGAAGGACCUGGCAGCUCGAGCGAUGAAUGUAGACCCUGGAUUUUGGAACCGCUACGCGACGGCUAUCGCCAACAGCCUGGCCACGAAGAACAACGAGAUCUCAGUGAUUCAGAACAGAGGCAUCUCUCAGCUGCACCCUCUGACUGCAGGCAUGAACAGAGUGAGCACCGCAGGAAGUCCAAUAAGCAGUCUAACCAAGACAGGCAUGGACCUGGGAAAUAAUAGGCAUUUUUCUAUGCUGAUCGAUGACAGCAAAGAAAUUGGAAUCAAUUGAAAAUAAAAGAUGAAUGGAGACUUAAUACUUAUGCAAUCUAUUAUGGACAUUAAAAUAUUUGUAAAACAUCUUGUUUGUUCUUAUGUAUUAUAUAUAGACUUAAAAAAAAGAACUUUUUAUCGAUUGACAGAGAAUUGUAGGGUAUUCACAUUUUGCUAUUUUACUUUGCAGUCAUUUGUGAAUGUUUUUUUUUUUUUUUCUAAAUACGUUGUUUAACCUGUACCUGGAAAUUCCUACGGUGCUUAGACGUACGGUCGCUCUGAAGAAGGGAACAUAUGUUCAGAUCAAUAAUGCAAAGAGUCUGUUAUCUCCUCCGGACAGCUGCCCAACGCUGCUAGCUGGUGCAAAGCACAAAACAUGCUCAUAAAUACCCACAAUUACCUACGACUUGUCAAUGUUAUGGUGAGAACUGUUGGACCCGAAUAAAAACUAGAACAAGC